GGUGGGGCUGACCCUGGCUGUAUCUUGUGUCUCAGUCAGCCUGCUUGACCAGUGGCCUGUCUUCCCUUUCACCAGAGCCUGGAACCACCAUGUCCCCCUCGCUGAUCACCUUGCUGGGUUUUGGAUUAUGGCUGAGCCAGUGGAUCAGAGCUCAAGAGGGGACACUCCCCAGACCCACCCUCCAGGCUGAGCCAAGCCGCCUCAUCCCUCAUAAGGAAUCUGUCACCCUCCGGUGUCGGGGAUUUCCUGGGGCUGAGAUGUACCGUCUAAGGAGAGAAGAAAGUUCUCAGCACACAGAUGUGCUUACAUCUGGGAGGCAGGCCGAGUUCCCCAUCUCCUCGGUGACACCGGACACGACUGGGAGCUACCGCUGCCUGUACAAGAACCAAUCCCACUGGUCCGAGCCCAGUGAGCCCCUGGAGCUAGUGAUGACAGGCUGGUACGAUAAACCUCGGCUCCUAGCCCUGCCCAGUCCAGAGGUGUUCUCAGGAGAGAAUGUCACCCUCCAAUGUUGGUCCCACCAGUGGUUUGAAAUAUACGUCCUGCACAAGGAGGGAGGGGCCAACCUUUCCCGGAGCCAAGGAAGGUGGAACCGCGCGAAUUUCCACAUCCCUGAGGUGACUGCUGCUGAUGGAGGCUCUUACAGAUGCUACAGCCUUCACAUGGACACCCUCUAUGAGUGGUCAACCCCCAGUGACCCCCUGGAGCUCAGGGUCAGAGAUGCUUAUACUGUGGGAAAUCUCAUCCGCCUCGGCCUUGCUGGGCUGGUACUCAUCAUCUUAGGAGUCCUGUUGGUGGAAGCCUGGCACAGCCAGAGGGGGCACCGAGAAGUGGCCCAGAAGCCCCUGCCCACGCAGUCAAACCAAGCCAAAGAGCAAGGCGGAGUGGGGGACCCAGUGAGUUUGUAACAAGACUUACAAACUGCUUCUCUCUUUGGCCACCUGGGAGGCUGACUGGCAUGGUGUUUGCGCUCUUUGCUCAGAUUCAAUAAAAGGAGCACUUUGAUACAUUGUAA